AUGCAGUACCUGUUUGCGGAUGCCAUGAAAGUGCCGAGCUAUGAAACCUGCGGUUUUGCAUCCCUGUGGCACGGUGCUUGCGGAUUCUGGCAGCGGCUGGCCGGGAAGAAGCGCUUGCUGCGAAUCACGUCUCCCUGCCAUACUGCGGUGCAGUGGGCUGAGCCAGGCCCUUCAUGGGAACAGCUGCAAGCUGAACAUUCGGAGCUUCAGAAUGGCGAUAGUGACGAGGUGAGUUGGGCUGGAUUUUGUUCCUGCUGCAAACGUCCCUUGACGCUGACGUUGGCAAGCCCACCAGCCAAGAAGAGAAGACAGGAGGGUGCUUCACCGAGGUUCGCCUAUGUGGUAUGCCUUUGGGGAACCAAUUCUGAACAUGUUCUCGGAGCGAUGGUUCUUGCUUACUCUUUGAGGAGGACAAAGACGAAGAACGACCUUGUAGCGCUACACACCAGUGAUGUUCCACCGAAAGCUGUCGAACUACUGGCCUCUGCUGGAUGGCUGCCACGCCAGGUGGAGUAUGCGGAAGCGGUGUCAAGUUUGUACACCAGCAAAGAGGGACGCUUCUUAGAUGUGAAGAAACUCUUAGAGUCGGUCCCAUUCGCCAUGGCUGACAAAUCCGAGAAUCCGAUGCGCCAAAUCCGGGUUGAGAAGCUCGUGUUGAACAUCAGUGUGGGCGAGAGCGGUGACCGCCUCACACGAGCUGCAAAAGUCCUGGAGCAGCUGACGGAGCAGCAGCCGGUCUUUUCGAAGGCUCGCAUGACGAUCCGUCAGUGGAGCGUGCGCCGCAACGAAAAAAUCGCCUGCCACGUGACCGUGCGCGGGGAGAAGGCUGAGGAGAUCUUGGAGAAGGGGCUCAAGGUGAAGGAGUACGAGCUUCGGAAGAAGAAUUUCGCCAGAAACGGCAGCUUCGGCUUCGGAAUCACCGAGCACAUCGACCUGGGCAUCAAAUACGACCCUGGAACUGGUAUCUACGGCAUGGAUUUCUACGUGCAUUUGUCCCGCCCCGGCAGCCGUGUGAAGAAUCGCAAGCUGAAGGUUGGCAAGGUCGGUUGUGCCCACAAGCUCAAGAAAGAGGAUGGCAUGAAGUGGUUCCAGACCAAGUACGAUGGAAUUCUGGUCUUUGGUCUGAUCGAGUAUGAGAAGGUUCUGCUUAUGGAUGCGGACUUAUUAGUUUGCAGCAACAUCGACGACUUGUUCCAGUUGCCUGCUCCAGCAGCCAUGGGCCGUGGUCCUUGGAGCGGCUACACCCAUGGUGAGCGCAUGAAUGGAGAUCUCAUGGAGGGCCCACCAGCAGAGGUUGGACCAACCGAAAGGCCACUGGAGCAAAAUGCUCGUGAGCCAGAGAUGACAGAUGGAAAUGACGUGAAUGACACGACUGACACCAGGACCAGUUCAAGUGACAAGGCCUUUCAAGGGCUAUCAACGGUGUCAGCACCUCCUCAAUUCAGCUUCGCCGCCAAGUUUGUGGAGGGAAAGAGCAAGAACAAGAUGCCUGGACCUGGAAGCUACAUGAACAAGACGGACUUUAGCUCGCGACAUCGCACUGUUCCAAGCUUUGGCUUUGGUACAAAUACCCGGCAAACUCGUCACAUCAACAAGACGCCCGGCCCCGGGUCUUACGAUGCAAAGCAGGGACAUCAAGGGUCCAACCGAAUCGGUGCAGAUGCCAAGAUUUCAUGUACACCCAGACGGGAGGCACCGCGAGCAAGACAAAAAGCUCCAGGGCCUGGCUCCUACAAUCUACCCGAAGCUUUCGGACGUGGCAAGCUUACCAUCACACCGCGUCGCAAAGAAGAUCGGACUUUGCCCAGUAUCGUUCCAGUUCCAGGUCCUGGAGAUUAUGAAGUCACAGUUUCAGAUGCUGAAAAGUUCAUGAAAUUCCGUGCCCCAAAGUUCAGCUUUGGAACAGCAAGGCAGAGAGCCAGAUUGCCUGCUGAGUUUGAAGCAGUCACUCCUGGGCCAGGAGCAUAUCGAAAUCAUCCUGAGAGUGGCAUCAAUGCGGGUGUGAUGCUUCUGAAGCCUGACCUGCAAACCCUGGAGCAAACCUUGGCAGAGGUUGCAGAUGAAAGGCAUCCGGAGCACAUCAGAGGGAACGGCCCGGAGCAGGAUUAUCUGUCCAGAUAUUUCGCAAGGGACUGGAGCCACAUUGACGUGGCCUACAACUUUCAGCUGCAUCAGAUGUACUAUGCGCUGAGCCCCGAAUGUGUCGAAUCGGCCGAUCGCUCCAGGUUCUUCGGAUGUCCAGAAAAGGUGAAGAUUUUCCACUACUCCAGUGAUCCAAAGCCGUGGGCACGACUCUUGGAUCCCUUCUAUGCCACCUUCAGUGAGGAGGAGUGGCUCAAGGAGGUUCUGGUGAAGUUCAAUGGCUAUCGAGCUUGGGUCCUCAAGGAUUCUGAUGCGAUUGACCGGGAAGGAGAUCGUUCCGGUCUGGUUUGUUCUGAAGGGAAGCUCUUCAAAGCUCUUGGAUGGGAGAAGCGAAUAGGGGGGAAGGUUGUCAAGGACAAGCAAGAAGACCAAGCAGAGGAUGCGGAGGAAGUCACCUGGCAUCGAGUACUGGGCGAGGAGGUGCAUGUGCCCGAGAGUGCGGUGCUGGGUGCAGAGCAGGUGACUAGGCACUCCUUGAAGCUCUGGGAAGAGGCGUACCGAGCACUUGCAGCAGAACUUGGAGAUCCACAGCUUGCUGAAACAGUUGCAUCAGUGCGGCCCCAGGAUGCUUCAGCCACCAAAGAUUGGAAUUGGAGCAACGGUUGGUGGGUGGCUUCUGCACCUUCGAAACGGCUCAGCUCUUCGUGCAGUUGGUUGGCGGAUGGCCCACAGGCGGGGAACGGAAACCCGAGGAUUUUGUCUUGUGGCAGCAACGUGCUUGAAAAGCAGGUUGAUGACCUCAGAUUGAGCAUUGCACGGCAGUGCAUUUAUGUGACUAUGUCAGUGAACCUCUUUGCCCUGGGAAUGGUACAAAUUUGCCUUGCAUCUUCAUGGCCUUUGUGGAUAUCGGAGGCAUCUGCUUGGACGAUCUUGGUGACGUGCCUAGUUCUGACAAGCGGACUAUGGGAGUUUCACAAGAAGACAUUGAGAGCUGCAGUCACUCUCAAGAUGUGGUUUGUGAUCUUCACAAUUCUCGCAGCUUCAUACCUCUCUCCUUGGCAUACCUCGUCUGAAGACGUUCUGCCAAUGUCCAUCAUUUUGCUUUUCUUCCGGAUUCCAGCUCUAGUGAUGUGCAAUUGCAUCUCGUUGGUCUUCCUCAGUAACUUUGCUUUCCUGGGCCUCGUGAUUUUCCGCAGCGAAUCACAGGGCAUGAGCGGCAUAGGGAUUGCUUCUUCAAGCUCCUUUUCUGCCAUUUCCGUCAUUUGGGUCGAGCUUGUCAUUUUCGUCACAACCUUUAGCCUGAGCUUGGCCAUUCGAUCCAUGCUGAUGUUCUGUGCGCAGCUGAAGAUGAACGGCGAUAAUGCAGCUGCGCAGUGCAGCACAAAAUCGGCACUUCUGCACUUUCUUUGUGAUGCAGUUGUCACCACAGACAGUGACUGCUGUUUAGUCAACAACUCACAAAGCCUCGCCGCCUUCUUAUCACUGGGGAAUCAGAAUGUAGAAGGUGCCAGCCUCCUGGAUUUUAUGAUUCCGUUGGAGGCGAAACGAAUGCAGGGAAUUCUGGAUACCUUCAAAGAGACAGAAGCGUUGGCGUCAGCAUCAAACUCUGCAUUGGAGCAGACCGGGCACUUAGUAAAUGCUUUUCACACUUGCCUCCUGGACAACUAUGGCUACAAGAUUGGCAUCGAAGCUCUUAUGAUCAAGCACUGGAGCACUCAGGGUGAGCAAUACAUCAUUGGACUUCGUGAAUCUGGUGAUGAUUUCGACGGCGAGCACAGUAGCGACGCCGAGCACACUAUCUUGCGGUCCGUCUCGUGUGCAAGUUGCAGUAUUGAAAGUGCCCCGAUAGAUGUCCCGUUGAUACCAAACAGUCGUCAGAUGUUCCUGGUCAUUGAUGUAGACGAUGCAAAGGUUUGUGCAGCCUCCGCCGGCCUACAAGAAGCAGUUGGUGUGAUGCUUCAGGACAUGUUUCAAACUUCCACAGUCGAACUUCUAAAGCGACUUCAAAGGGAAGCCAACCUGUCUGAAGCGAAUGGAGAGCCCUUGUCUCUGGGCCUUUUCUCCUUUUCCGAAAUGCCAAUGCGAAUGGAUGGUCGAGACGGGACUAUGUCUGGGACCAUGCAGGUUCUCCAGCAUGUUCAUGGAAGUGCUCAUGUGCUCCUGACCUUUGGCAGCCGGAUGCUGCUGCAGUCCAGGACUCCCGGUGUCUAUUUGGCCGCUCUUCAAGGCGCCGAAGUUCGAGUGAAAAGUCUUGACCCAUCAUCUCUUGAAGAGAUGCAGGCCUGGGUAGCUGCACUACCCGAAGGCUGCCCAUGUGUUUUGGCUGUGGCUGGCGAAGCGGGUGCCUUUGACACGCUGCUGACGAAACUUCAGGAGGCUGGUCUGGGCUGCCCGGCAUCAUUGCCGCCAAGCUGCCGCGUUGCCUGUGCGGCCGGAAAGAGCCAUAGCCCUUGGCAGGAUACACACGCUGGCUGGGAUUUCGCGACCGCAUCUAUCAAAUGA